AUGUCUUCUUUUAUUAAACGAAACAUCAAAAAUAAAGGUGCUAGGAAGCGCAAACAGUCCACGGAUUCAGAUGAUGCAGAAGAAGAAUCGCAAUCCGUUGUUGUAACCCAAGACAAGCGGAAGAAAGCUAACCCGAACGUUCAAAGUACGUCAGUGCUGCGGAAAAAGCAAAACUCGACUACAAAUGCCAAUGACUCGAACUCUAGCGAAGAUGAUGAUAGCGUUGUUUUCAGUUACAAAUCGAACCGAUCGGCCCAAGCGCAAGGGCCACGCGAUCAGGGUGCAACGGCGGAGCUGGAAAUCGAAACCGAACGAGAUCGGGAUGCACAGGCCAUCUAUCAGAAGAGCAUUGACAUCAACAAAGAACUGGAGGGAAAGGAGGAUGACAAGGUGUAUCGUGGGUUGAACAAUUACACGCAAUUCUUCAAGAAAAAGGACAGUGCACAGGGAAAUGCGGCAUCGGGUAUGGUGCGCAAGGGACCCAUCCGAGCUCCGGCUAAUAUUCGUUCUACCGUGCGGUGGGACUAUCAGCCUGACAUUUGUAAGGAUUACAAGGAGACUGGAUACUGUGGUUUUGGCGAUAGUUGCAAAUUUUUGCACGAUCGCAGCGAUUACAAGCACGGGUGGCAGCUGGAACAAGAAGGCCCAAGCGCCGGUCGCAACUACGGCAAUGAUGACUCUGAUGGUGAUGAUACCAAGUACGAGAUCCACUCGGACGACGAAGAGCUCCCGUUCAAAUGUUACAUCUGCCGGGAAAGUUUCGUCGAUCCUAUUAUGACGAAGUGUAAGCAUUACUUUUGCGAGCGUUGUGCUUUGGCUCAGUACAAGAAGUCAAGCCGCUGCGCGAUCUGUGGGGUACAAACGAACGGAAUGUUUAAUCCAGCUAAGGAGCUAAUUGCCAGAUUGAAGACGAGAGAGCUAGAAGAAGAUAAUUCUGAUAGUAAUUAGGAAUCGAUUGCUUUUUUGCUGCUGUUCGAUAAUCCUAAAUUUUGGUCGCGUGACGUGGACUGUUAGAGCAUAGUGCAGAAGUAUCUGACAGUUUGAGAUUGAGUAUUUGCAAAACAAACCAACUGUCAG